GCGAUGCUGCGAGAUACAUAACGGAUGAUGCUCUGGCCGCUGGAACUAACACUACCGGCAAUCAAACAGCUCCUGAAAACUCUAUUAGCGUAGAAAUCGACUCUUGUGCAGCCGCUAUAGACGAGGCCGGAGUGCUGCUCUCGAAUCAUUAAAACAUGGAAGCUUCGCAACAUGAUCAGCCUGUUCCAGAGGGUGACCAGACAUAUACGGAACUUCUCUCACCGGGCUAGUUCGCACCGCACGCUAGGUGGGAUAAUUGGUGCUGCUAGACUUGAUAACCUUAUUCACAAAAGGGAUGGAUUCCUGCAUGGCCAUCAAUCGGAAAGAGAUCAAAUUUCGACUCACGGGCUGAGAGAGGUAGAGGUGCAGCAUGCAACCAAAAGUGACUUCUCCUGUAGUAGGAGACGUGCUCAACAGAACCGCCAAGCGGAACCACUUAAGAGUGGGCAACCAAAGAGCAUUCGUCCAGCACGCGAUAGGAAGAAGCGCGUAGAUUGUCUUCCACUCACACAUGGUGGGCAGGAAGUUCGCCCUGGCGACUAUAUCAUUGUCGCAUGCGACAAGGAUGAAACGAAUGAACGCGAUCUGCCAGAAAUUGCCAGAGUUGAAAAAUUGCGCCCGAACGGUCAUCUCGAUAUCACGUGGAUGUAUUAUCCAUCGAUUCUAGACCUAAGGGAGCCAGUUAAGUCCGCACCUAAUGAAAUACUCUUCUCCGACCACAAGGACACAAUUAGCGGAGCAGUCUUGAUGGGGUUUACUGAGGUAGAAGAAAACUGUUGAGAGGGGGAGCUGGUUAAACAUUGGUAUUGGUAUAGACAAUAUCAAGUUCGCAGGAAGAGGGUUGUAGGUGGAUAUCUAUCAACCUUAUGAAAGGUCAGCCUUCUGGGCACAUGCCGUUUCGAUAAGCGCACAUGCCCUUUUCCGAUAGGGACACAUGCUAUCGUGAGUUAGUCACCACGCUCAGGUUGGCUGGAUCGCUCCGGUGUGUUAUUCUGGCCGAAACUUCUACCGUCAAUUCACUCCAUCUUUAUUCCACAUUUUCUAAGCCGUAGAACCAUAUGUUAGAUAAUAACAAUCAUCUACAGCAAGC